CUUAACAGUGUCGAUUCCGUAUUUUUCACUGGUGAGUCGGCUUUAACUCCAAACCAUAGAGGGCCAACAGGUGAUGGCUACGGACCUCCUAUACUACCGGGUGCCGCAAUACCACCUCCUGUUCCAGCAGUAAGUGUCGGCGGAUCAGCUGCCGGAAUACCUCCAUCCUACCAAGUGAUCGAUGCUACGCAAAAUCCUCCUACAACUCUCAAACCAUCGGCGCUGUUCAAUGUACUUAGCAAAGCAGACUUGGGAUUCAACCAAGCAAUGACUCAUUUCGAACAAGGGACACCUAUGGAAUCUGCUGCAAUCGAUAUUCUUGAAGUAGCACUGGGGAGCCAAAAACUGGAUAGCCAGGCUAGACUGCUUGGUCACGUUGACCGUGCUAUUGGUAUUGACAAUUUGCAGCGUUUACAACGAUGGGCAAACACUGGAGGUGCUCUUGAUUCGCUAAAAGAACAACUUUCAAGAUUUGCAAAGAACUUUAGCCCGCCGGAGCACUUAUUCCCUACUAUACCUCCACAGUUGAGUCAUCUAUUUAAUACAAGAAAGCGCUGA